AAGUUUCGUAUUUUUCUGUUUUCAUCCUUUAUUUCAAUCAAUCAUGGCUGCAAGAGCGCAGAUCAAGUUGAUGCCGGAGAUGUUCCAGAGCAAUGGGUGUGCUAGCCUCGAGGACACGAAAUCGACAGUUUCCAAAGUACAGACGCGCACUGAACGCUUCCAAGAGCGCGUCAGAAAGCAUAUAGACGAGAACUACUCGGAGUUUAUGACCAAUCAUACAUCGCCGGACAUCUUCCUGGAGGAGUCCAGUUCGCUGGGCCGGGAGAUCAACGACCUGCUUGAAACGGUGGGCACCGAGGGCCUGGCCGCUCUAAAUAGCUCAAGCACGCAGUUGGCCGACCACAGUCGGGAGCUGCGUGAACUAAUGCUGGGCCUGCAGGUCAGUGAGCACAUUCUGAAGAUCGACGAGCUUUUCCAGUGCGUAGAAGAGGCGAAGGGCACCAAGGACUAUCUGGUGGUCCUCGAUCUGGUGGGGCGUCUGCGAUCGCUCAUAUACGGCGAGGGCGAAGCCGCUACCCAAGAUGUUGUGCGCAUCUUCCAGGCCCUCGAAUGCUAUGAAACCAUCAAGGUGAAGUACCAUGUACAGGCCCAUCUCCUGCAGCAGAAUAUGCAGGAGCGCUUCGAUCGGUUGGUGCAACUCAACUGCAAAUCCUUUCCCAAUUCCAAGUGCGUCACACUGCUGGUCAGCAAGGAGGAGGGUCAGCUGCAUGACAUUGUCAUCGCAUUAUUCCAGGAGCGCUACAAUCCCGUCAGACUGUGUGAAUUCCUGCUGGAAAACUGCAUCGAGCCGCUUAUCCUCAAGCCAGUCGGGGUGGAGUGCAACGAGAACGCCGAAGCCGGCACCUAUGUCCAACUCUCGCUCUCAUACUCCACCAAGGAGAGUGGCAUGGCUAGCGGCACUAGCACACAACUGAGACCGAACUACAAGCAGGUGCUCGAGCACUUUCGACUGCUCCUCCAGACGUUGAGCGGCAUCAACCACAGCCUGUCCAGCAGCCAGCAUGUUUUCAGCAUCAUUGGGGAUCAUGUCAAGGAUCGCAUGAUGCAUUUGCUGGUCAACGACUGCCUUAUACCGGCUGUGCCCGAGACCAUGGAAGAGUACCAGGCCUCCACGUUGUGCGAAGAUGUGGCGCACUUUGAACAGUAUCUGGCCGACUCGUUCCUCAUCAAUCCCGAGGUGGAUCGCGGACUCAGUCAGUUCAUCGAACAGUACGAGACCUAUUAUCGUAAUCGGCUGUGCAGUCGCGUCCUGGAGUCGACCCGGGAGAUUAUACAGCGUGAUCUGCAGGACAUGGUGCUGGUGGCGCCCAACAACCAAGCAAUGGAUGUGACCGGAUGCGAUCCCUUCCUCUUCCCCCGCUGCAUGGUCUCGAGGAGUGCACAGGACUUUAUGAAGCUAAUGGAACGCAUUAUGCGACAACCGACGGAAAAGCCGGGCGAGGACGAGGCCGAUCCCCUGGCCGGAGUCAUUGGCAUGAUGCUGCAGACGUACAUCGACGAGGUGCCCAAGGUGCACAAGAAACUGCUUGAGAGCAUUCCACAGCAGUCGGUGCUGUUCCACAACAACUGCAUGUACUUCACACAUUGGGUGGCCCAGAAUGCCAACAAGGGGAUCGAGAGUUUUCCCGCACUGGUCAAAACGCUGCAGGCCACUGGGACCAUGCACUUCCGGGUGCAGGUCACCUACCAGACCUCCAUACUGAUGGACAUCAUGGAGAGUUUCGAAUUUGAAAGUCCGCAUACGCUGGGCACCGGCCCAUUGAAGCUUGUACGUCAGUGCCUGCGUCAGCUGGAGCUGCUGAAGAACGUGUGGCAGAAUGUCCUGCCCGAUAAUGUGUACAACAGCACCUUUGUCGAGCUACUCCAUGCGUUCAUCAAUGAGCUGGUGCGUCACAUUUUCACACAGCGCGACAUCUCCGCAACCAUGGCCAGCGAUCUGAGCGAUCUAAUCGAUGUGGUACUGGAGAAAGCCCCAAAGUUGUUCCGCGAUCCCCAUGAGGUGCAUCAGGUGCGCUCGUGGAUGAAGUUGCAGCAACUCAAGACCAUGAUGAAUGCCUCGCUCAAGGAGAUCACCGAACUGUGGUGUAAGGGAGCCGGCCCGCUGACGGCCAACUAUAAGGCCGAUGAGAUACGGUAUCUGAUACGGGCCCUGUUCCAGGACACCGAUCGUCGGGCCAAGGCCAUCACCCAGAUUAUGUAGAGCUGAUUCCCCGCUAAUGUUAUUUAGAUUAUCCUUUAAUUCUUAAUAAAAAACAAUGCCAAAAGGUC